GAUUCAGUCCGUCUGAAAAUCACGUCGAGGACAUGGAACUCACUCCCGGUCUCUUAUUUUUGUCCUCCUAUAUUUAGUAGUAGGGAUGAACAUUCUGUCUCUAGUAUUGAUCAAUCCUUGAGAAAACUCCAUGAACUGCAUCCGAAAAACAUAUUUCACUGCUUUACCCUGCAUGAAUACCUUUCCGACGAAAGUAAUGUUUCCCACCUUUACUUUGCAAAAGAGAUUUCUAGAAUUCGCUGCACAAGAACGCUCGACUGUUUUUAUAAACGGUUCAGAAAUCAAACUUUGUCUGAAACUAUUAAGAGAAGAACCAUCAGUACCAGAAAUUAUGCAGUUACAGUUGAAACCUAGAGAUGAUUUUACACGGGAAGACCUCGGCUAUUGCUUUUCAACUUUACUUGAUAACUUGCUGUGGAGUUGUCAUCCAAUGGCCUUAUCCAUCACAGAAAAUGGAUGGAUUUUAAAGGCCAUCUGCAAGAAGUUCAUGUCCUGGGAAGAGAAUUCACCAUGUUGUAGAGACAACAGCAUCAAAUGUUGGAGGCACUAUUUAAAGUCUAUUGAGAUUCAAAGCAUGAAUGGUCGUGAUGCAGAUCUAUCGAUACAAGCGAUACAUAUCGAAGGCGUUGAUAGUAUCACUUUUGCGCUACGAUGGUUAUUGCCAGACAAUUAG